GGCCGCCUGCCAGGUACCUCGGCUGAGGCGCAGGGCCUGAGGGGCUGCGAUGGGCUGCGCGUCCCUCUCCUCCCCGCUCCCUCAUGUUUUCAGUAGCGGGUGGGCGAGGGAAUAAAGGAGAGAGCCCCACAUUCCGCUCCCUGCCACAAUGACUGCACUUUCGUUUUCCUCGUGUGGGAAAGCGUGGGCAGGGAGGUUUGAAAAUCGUGCUCAGCAUCUCUGUUACUGCUGCUUGUGACUGCUGGUAGCGUUCAUGUGCAUAGCUAGAUCAACGCCCUGGUCCGGCAUCGCGUUCCCCGCUGCAGUUCCCCACAGAGGCAGAUAAAAAUUGUGAAAAAACAAGUAAAAGUUUUGUCUUCGAAAGCCCGUCAUAUACCUUUUCUGGGACAAAGUGUACGGCACAGCAGGUCUGGGGAAAAAAAACUCAGGUACUACGAGCCUGCCUCCUGCUGAACGUUCGAAGUCUGACUCCGGUACUUGAGGGGCACUAGGCAGUCUCCCUCAGCAGCCUGGCUCCCUGCUGGAUCUGGACUGAAAAGCAUCUCCUGUCCCUUCUCUGCCGUGUUCCCCGGCCUGCAAGAGUGCCUUUGUAAUCUGCUAAUGUUGCCGAAUAAGGCUUUGAAAUUCCUACCCAUGAAACUUUGCCUUUGGCUGAUCUCAAAAUUUCUUGCCAGCAGAUUUUAAAAACUAAAGGAAGAUGUCCUUUUUCCCUAAAAUCGUUUUCCAGUAUGAAGUUGAAGAGUAUCUCACCAAAGUGUUCAGAAAUAAUGAGCUUAUCACUGCUUUAGGUACACAGGAGGCAGAGAAAAAAUACCAAUCUCUCUUAAGUCAUCUAUCUCAUCCACCAGCUUUUACAACUGUAAGAGUAAAUACCCACUUGGCCUCAGUGAAACAUGUGAAAAAAUUGCUGUUUGAAGAGAUCCAGAAGCAAUUUAAAGGACUAUGUGUUCCAGUUCUCGAGCACCCAAAACUUCAGGACAUUUUAUUAAUUCCUGUCAUUGGACCCAGGCGAGAUUUAAAAAAACAUCCAUGUGAAGUGAUAGUUGGAGCCCAGUGUGGAUAUGCAGUACUCCGAGGAGCACACGUUUAUGUCCCUGGAAUUGUAUCCACCUCAAGAUUUGUGAAAGCUGGAGAUCUGGUUUCAGUGUAUUCAGAUAUUGAAGGGAAAUGCAAAAGAGGAGCCAAAGAAUUCGAUGGAGUUAAAGUUUUCCUUGGAAAUGGAAUUUCAGAACUCAGCCGCAGUGAAAUCUUCAGUUCAAGUGGCCAACUGAAGGGGUUGGGCAUAAGAAUGAUAGAGCCAGUCUACCUUAGUCCUUCAUUUGACAAUGUGCUCCCUAGUCAUUUGUUUUUACAGAAUUUACCUUCUGUGGUUGUGAGCCAUAUUUUAAACCCUCAACCAGGAGAGAAAAUUUUGGAUAUGUGUGCUGCACCUGGAGGAAAAACAACCCAUCUUGCAGCACUAAUGCAUGAUCAGGGUGAAGUUAUAGCCAUGGACAAGAUAGCUAACAAGAUCAAGAAAAUCAAGCAGAAUGCUGAAUUGCUGCAGUUGAAUUGCAUUAAGGCCUUUUGCUAUGAUGGAACAAAGGCCCUUUCAGAAGAGAAGAGAGAGGAUAAACAAGAAGGACCUCCAUUCUUACCCGAGUCAUUUGAUCGAAUUCUUCUUGAUGCUCCAUGUAGUGGGAUGGGACAGAGACCAAACAUGGUUUAUUCCUCAACUUUAAAGGAAGUGACCUCAUAUCAGCCACUACAGCGCAAGCUUUUCACUGUGGCAGUGAAGUUGCUGAAGCCAGGAGGUGUUUUAGUAUAUAGUACAUGUACAAUUACACUUUCUGAAAAUGAGGAGCAAGUUGCUUGGGCCUUGAAAACUUUUCCAUGCCUCCAGCUUCAUCCACAGGAACCUCACAUUGGAGGAGAAGGCAUGAAGGGUGCUGGACUAUCACUUGAUCAGUUGAAGCUGCUCCAGAGAUUUGAUCCAUCUGCUGUGACAUUGCAAGGAAUGGAUAUUAAUUCUUUGCAAGAUUCUAGAGAAGAUGACCUGAUUUCUUUGGCAAAUAAAGACUGUAUAGGAUUUUUCAUUGCAAAAUUUAUUAAAUUGAACAGUAAAUAAGGAUUUGGGAAUGCAACCUGAAAAAAUACCUCAGUGAGUCUAAGAACAGUUCAGACGUGAAGCGCCUUUCUUGCUGCUGCAGUGUUACCAGGCCAACGGGCUGACGGCAGGGUUGCUAUGGCAGCACUAAAAUCUGCCAGCUGUUCUGAUGGGAAAGAGCCACAGGUUGCAGCAGAAAAGUCAUGGCUGGGGGAAGGGCAGUAUCAUUUGUAAGUCUCCGUCUGCUUUUGUAUUUACAGCAGGUCAGUGCCUGAAUGACAGCUAUGUUCACUCAUACUGCUGCCUGCUCUGCUUUCCCCUUAUCUGCUGCAGCAAGCGUAGGAAGGGGAUGUAAGUUACUUUAAAAAAUGCAAACAUAAAAAAAAUAUAUGGGAA